GCUAUGGAUGGUCCGGAUUAUCCGAAUUAUAUAGUGACAUCAUCCAGCGAUAGUGAGGAAAUACCUAAUGCGGAGGAAAGUGACGAUGAGCAAAGUGACGAUGAGAUUGAGGUUGGAACUAAUCCUCAACAUCAAGUAGAACUGUUGCAAGACAUGAUGAACAGUCCGGCACACGAGGAGGAACUGAAUUCACAGCAACCAUUUGAACAGCAAGAGUCGACUCCGGUUCAGCCGCAAAGCCAAUUUCAACAGCAAGAGUCGACCCCGAUUCAGUGGCAUUCCGAUGAGAUCCCCUAUCUUUAUCAUCUUCAAGAUCGCCCAGAUGAAUUUAUCUUUACUAGGGAUGAUGAUCAUAUUCGGCGAAGUUUGUGGAAAGAGCCAGUGGAUCUUUUAAAACAAAAGGCUCAUAUUGAAAAAGGGAUGAUUUUCAGCUCGAAAAAAUCAUUGCAAAGGGCUGUUAAGAUUUAUUGCAUCCAGGGGAUGAGGGAGUUUAAAGUUGACGAUUCCACACGAAACUUUGGCGAUUGGUCUGCAAGUGAAAAUAUCAAGGUCGCGAAUGGAUGCUCCGUGGUAAGGAAACCGCUCGAAAAGAUGUGGACUAUUUCAAAGUUCUACACAAAGCACACUUGUGAUAUGGGUGACCUCCCAGAUGAUCAUUGCAAUCUAGAUACUAAUUUGAUUGCGCGUGUAUUAGUUGGCGACAUUAGAGAAAACCCAAGGUUCCCUAUUAAAGAUUGUAUUAGAGCCGUCCUGAAAGUAUAUAGCAAAACUGUUACUAGGAGGAAGGCGUAUCUUGGGCGUAGGCGUGCACAUGAGAUAGUCUUCGGCAAUUGGGAGGGCUCUUUCAAGACGUUGCCGAGAUACAUGGCGGCUCUACAACACUUCAAUCAUGGUACUGUUGUUGAAUGGAAGCUCAAAUCGAAGCCUGGUGUGCCCGGUAAUAUUUUUGAUUUUGUGUUUUGGGCCUUCAAACCAUGCAUUGAUGGUUUUGCUCAUUGUCGGCCUGUAAUAUCAAUAGAUGGAACACAUGUGUACGGGAAGUAUGACAUAAAGCUGCUAAUAGCAGUUGGAAUGGAUGCAAAUGGAGCUAUAUUCCCUCUAGCUUUUGCAAUUGCAGCUAAUGAGAGCAUUAGUACGUGGGGUAUGUUUUUGGACUACUUAAGGCAACACGUUAUUAAGGAUCGCAUGGGAAUAUGUGUGAUAUCAGACAGACAUGCUGGCAUAUUGCACAAUAUGUUCAAUUUGCAGGGGUGGCAGCCACCCUUUGCCUACCAUCGUUAUUAUUUAAGGCAUUUGAAGGCAAACUUUCAAAAGGCAUAUCGAAUCCCGGCACUUUGCAAUUGGAUGUGGGCUGCUGCAACAGAGCAUCAGGAGAAGAAGUCUAACCUGCAGAUGGACAUUAUUUGGCGGGCGAACGAGGAAGCCUUCCACUGGUUGAAUGCAAUUGAUAAAGACACAUGGACAUUACACCAGGAUGAAGGUAGGCGAUGGGGUAUGCUGACAACAAACAGCUACGAGUCAUUCAAUGGCUUGUUGAAAUCUCGCACGGGGACUACCCGUCACCGCAAUGGUGAGAAUGACAUUUAA